AUGUACGGACAACCAAUAAUAGUACUGAGCCAAAACACAAAACGUGAGUCCGGCCGGAAAGUUCAAUUGGAGAAUAUUAACGCUGGAAAGACGAUAGCAGACGUUAUACGAACAUGCCUCGGACCACAGGCUAUGUUGAAAAUGUUAAUGGAUCCCAUGGGUGGGAUUGUAAUGACGAAUGAUGGAAAUGCUAUACUCAGGGAGAUCACCGUACAGCACCCAGCUGCUAAAACCAUGAUAGAAAUCGCACGAACCCAAGAUGAAGAGGUAGGAGAUGGCACAACAUCUGUGAUUGUCUUAGCCGGGGAAAUGCUUGCUGUGGCUGAACCUUUCCUUGCACAAAAUAUCCACCCCACAGUCAUCAUUAGAGAGUACAGACAGGCUUUAGAAGAUGCUGUAAAGCUGUUACAAGACAAGAUCUCCAUACCUAUAGAUCUGAAUGACAGAGAAAAAGUUAAAGAAGUUAUUCGAUCUUGUGUAGGAACCAAGUACAUAGGUCGCUGGGCUGACCUAGCUGUGGACAUUGCUUUAGAUGCCGUCAGCACAGUCACUAUAAAUGAAAAUGGACGAGUUGAGGUUGAUAUUAAGAACUAUGCCAAAAUUGAAAAGAUCCCUGGUGGUACAGUAGAAGAGUCAAAAGUUUUGAAUGGAGUUAUGUUCAACAAAGAUGUCACCCAUCCCAAGAUGAGACGGUUCAUUGAAAACCCACGCAUUAUGUUGCUAGAUUGCCCUCUAGAGUACAAGAAGGGUGAAAGUCAGACCAAUAUUGAAAUUGUUGGUGAACAGGACUUCACAAAACUCCUACAAUUAGAAGAAGAGCAUGUGCAGCGUCAGUGUGAGGACAUCAUUGCACUGAAGCCUGAUGUAGUUGUCACCGAGAAGGGUGUGUCAGAUUUGGCCCAGCAUUAUCUAGUUAAAGCGGGCAUCACAGCUAUUCGCAGAUUGCGUAAGACCGACAACAACCGCCUGGCGCGCGCGUGCGGCGCCACCAUCGUCAACCGUACCGAGGAGCUGAAGGAGUCCGACAUCGGCACGCAGGCCGGACGCUUCGAGGUCAAGAAGAUUGGUGAUGAGUACUUCACCUUCGUUACUGAGUGCAAGAAUCCUAAGGCGUGUACAAUCCUACUACGUGGUGCUUCCAAGGAUGUGCUGAAUGAGAUCGAGAGGAACCUCCAGGAUGCGCUUCACGUCGCUAAGAAUUUGGUGUUGAACCCCCGUCUAGUGGCAGGCGGCGGCGCAGUGGAGAUGGCGCUGUCCGGGGCGCUGGCGGCCAACGCGCCGCGCGCCACGCCGUACCGCGCUGUAGCAACGGCACUAGAGAUAAUACCGCGCACGCUUGCGCAGAAUUGCGGCGCGAACACCAUCCGCACGCUGACGGCGCUGCGCGCGCGCCACGCCUCCGGGGCGCUGCACACCGCCGGCAUCGACGGCGACACCGGCGAGAUAGUAGACAUGGCCGCCAAGGGCAUCUGGGAACCGCUCGCUGUUAAACUGCAGGUGUACAAAACAGCGGUGGAAACAGCCAUCAUGCUCCUAAGAAUUGAUGACAUUGUCUCUGGAUCCAAGAAGAAGGACAGCGAGCCGACCGCGCCCGCGCAGGCCGCCAUGCAGGAA